AUGAGUUCCACGGCCGCGAGAACGAUCCUGGAUCUGGACCACGCGUUGGUCACGAUCGCGCAGUUUACGCCGAUGACCAAAGACGUCGCCGCCUUCCUGUCGGCCCUGCCGGCCUCGGCGCGCAGCGCGUCGCUAACCGCGCUCCACAAGCUCUUGGCCGACUCCGCGCAGGUCGUCCGGCGCAAUUAUCGGACGGCGCUUUUUCAGCAGGAUCCGGAGAAGGCCAUGAGCAAGCUCUGGCCCGUGCUGGAGCUCAGUGUCGUCACGUCCGCGACAGCCGCGCUUGCACUGGCCGCGAUGCCACUCUUUUCCUCAGUUGCCCUUCGCAAUCUCGACUUGACGCAGAACGUACUGGGCUACGACCAUUUUCAGUGGCUCUAUCUCUGGCGCCACAAGAUCACAAACUAUGCGCACUCUCACGUUGGACGUCGCCACGACAUCCCACGUCUCUGCAGCAUCUUGACGCAAUGCACCAAGCUUCAGGGCGUCGACGUGCACGAAGGUAUCGAAUCGGGGGCGCAGAUCCUCGAGGCCGUCACGACGCCCGCCCACCGCGUCCGGUGCCUCACGGUCUGUUGCCUCGAGACCUCGGCAGAGAUGAUCCCGGUUGUCGCGCGCUGGCUUGCGUCAGGCAGCGCCGAGCACUUGCACUUUACGUAUUACGCGUACAGUGACACGCCAGUGAGCGAGGCGCUGGCGUCAAUGCUCUGCAAAACGACUACUCUCUCGCAUCUUGCGCUCACGUUUCAAGCCCCCGAGCUGCUCGCACGGCUUUUGCCCGUCGCAGCCGCCUUCACUCGUCUCACGCACCUGCAUCUCGCGGUGCCGGCAGCCAACAUGCCCGCGGUAUUGACGCUUUUGCAGCAUCUCCGCAGUCCAAACCUUGGCUCGCUCUGCGUCGGCUCUACGCGCGGGAACCUCACCGAGCAUCUCACCGCGCUACUAGACGUCCUGCCUACGUUUCCAGCGCUGGAAGAGCUCACGAUCCAGCGCUGGUGCCUCAUGGACGGUGUGCUCGAGCCCGCGCGCCGAUCCACAUUUCGCCGGCUCACGUUUUCCGAAGUGCUGUUGGCCACGUCCGUGUGGGAGGGACUGGCGACGGUCUUGCUGCGCUCAUGCGACCUCGAUGAGAUUACGUGGCGCAAUUGUCGACUGUGGGGAAAUGAACUCGAGUGCAUGACGCCGGCGUUACGCGGCUGGAUUGCCCGAGGCAUUCGAAUCAUCACGUUUGACAACUGCCGCCUCGGAGACGACCAAGCGACGAUGCUUGGAGCGGCCGUCGCUCGAACGACGAGCGCUGUCGGUGUCUCCAUCGUCAUCAAGAACAACCUUUUGUCGGGCAAGAGUUGCGUGCGCCUUGGUCGAGCACUCCUGCUGUGCGCUGGCGUCUCGGUCGUGCUGCCGUCGAUGACGAUCGACGACGACUUCCGAGACUUGGCGACGAUGCAUGGCGUAUUCUAUGGCCACGAGGUCGUCGACGGCCAAACAUAUCUUGUGUUGAAGAGUCCCGCGGAUCGCGCGUAG